UCCCUUCCAUGUACCGGGGCGAGAGUGAAAGUGUACGCCAGCUUUAUCCCGGCCAGUUGCUUCAGUCUGUUCCCGACGGCUGACACACUCUGGACUACCACAAGCAAGAAAGAUGAACUUCGUUCUGCGGAUAACGCUGGGGCUCUCCGUGCUAUGGAUAUCCGAAGCCAUAGGGCAGAGGAGGCCGCCGAAUUACAGCCAGGACCAGAUGCCAGUGACUUCGUUCAGUUGCAGGGACAAAAUACUCGGCGGUUAUUACGCCGAUCCCGAGACCGACUGCCAGAUGUUCCACGUCUGUGUCAAAGUGCCCGGCCUCGGGGUCCAGGACUACAAGUUCCUCUGUCCGAACGACACGUCAUUCGAUCAGGAGAACCAGAUAUGCGACGACUGGUACAACAUCGACUGCGAGGCGGCGACCCUCUUCUACUCGGACAAUUUCGACCUUUACAGGAUAGGAAGCGAGUCGUCGAGGGUGAAGGAAGUCCCUCGCCUCCCCAACAAUAACAUCAACAACGCCGUCUCGGACCGUGACGACGACUACUUGCAGAGGAACGACCGCGGUGAGAACGUCGGUUCCGAUCUUCUCAGAGGGAGCCACUCCGGCAACUUCUUUUCGAACAAAAACAGAGGCAAAGAAGAUGAAGACUUCGAAGAGUCGAAAAAGAAGAAACCUGCCAACGGCAAGUCGAACGUGAGGAAGCUUCUCACCGGGAAACGUCCCAUUCCCAGCACGACACAGGCCACAUACCAUGCGACGAGCCAGCCCAGGACGUACCUCGCCGGUAGGAACCGGGUCACGUCCAAUUUCAACAAAGUACCGACGGAAGCUCCUUUGAGGCAGACGGAGGUGUACAACCAGAACCAAAGGCAGAACUACAAUCAGAGGAACUACAAUCCGACUACCCAGAACCCUCAACAGCAGCAGUACUACAACCCGACCACCCAGAAGCCUCAGCAGCAGCAGUACUACAACCCGACCACCCAGAAGCCUCAGCAGCAGCAGUACUACAACCCGACCACCCAGAAGCCUCAACAGCAGCAGUACUACAACCCGACCACCCAGAAGCCUCAGCAGCAGCAGUACUACAACCCGACCACCCAGAAGCCUCAACAGCAGCAGUACUACAACCCGACUACUCAGAAGCCUCAGCAACAGUACUACAACCCGACUACUCAGAAGCCUCAGCAGUACUACAACCCGACGACCCAGAAGUCUCAGCAGCAGCAGUUUUACAACCCGACCCAGCCCCCGAAGACCAACUAUUACGAAAAUACCCAGAACUACAACGCCCAGGCGACCAACUUCAACUACAGCCCUACGACUCAGAAGCAGCAGAACUUCCAGACGACGAGACAGCAACCGCCGACUACGGCGAAACCUUACAGCCAGCAGCAGUUCUACAACCCGACGACCCAGAAGCAGCAACAGUUCUACAACCCGACGACCCAGAAGCAGCAACAGUUCUACAACCCGACUACCCAGAAGCCUCAGCAGUUCUACAACCCAACUACACAGUCCACCGAAGCCCAGUCCGUUGACACCAACUACGAGACUCAGAAGCUGUUCAGGCUCAACACCCAAGGGUUCAACAACGCGAACCAGUAUGACGAGCCGAGCAACGGCGAGUUCCUCAAGACGGCCCCGAGCCAGAACCUCGGCGCUAGCAAUUUCAACAGGGUCCAGAACAGUUAUAAGACGUUCAACGCGUCCGUCUCCUCGAGCUACAACUUCAUAAGCCCGUCUACGACCCAGAAGACGACCCCCAAGCCACAGACGACGCAGAACUACAACCCAACGACUCAGAGGCAGCAAACGCAGAAGCAGACGACGCAGAAAGCCUUCCAGCAGCAGUUCUUCAACCCGACGACUGCCAGGCCUCAGCAGAACUUCUUCAUACCCAACUCGACUCCCGCGAAGGGUAGGGGUUCAGCGGCGCACCAGACCGACGCGACCGAGAAGCCCAGACCUUUCACAACCCUUAGCCCAGUCCCUGCGAAAGAGGCCAAAGAAAAAGAACAGUACGACUACGCCUACUACGACGACGCAGCACACCCAGAGUACGAGAACAUAGACGCACUCGACUUCGCGAGAACGAAAUCAAAAAAACAAUAACCAAGUCCAACCAUAAGAAGGUUUCAAUUUUAUAAAAAAAAAACCUUGUAUAUAACCAACCUAUACAACUGUAUAAAUAACGGGUGAAAAGAGAAAUCGUGUAAAUUGAACGUUUUUGUAUAAAUAUGCCAAACCCCAAGAGCCUAGGUUAGGGUGACAUAAGAGAAAAACCCCGCAAAGAAAUUAUUUUGUACUUUUAUUUUACUAAUUAUAACGUUUUUGUUAUAAA